GUAUGAUGGGACUACUGAUAUGUAUACAGUAUAAUGGGAAAAACUAUAGCUACGUCAAACCGAAGUAAAAAGCGAAAAGCCAUGAAAAAAUUUCAGGACUCUUCAAAACCAACUGCGCAGCUUUUUCUGCGCAGUCAGCCGUCAACAGUAUACCUAUACAGCUCUUUACAGCAGCGAUAGAAGGAGAAUUUUUUUGGCUGCAUCUUGGGUUGAAAACUUAUGGAAAAUGAGUAACAAAAUUACUGGGGCAGAUGAAAUUUAUGAUGUAUCUGCCCGAGAAAGAGAAGUGAUAGAAUGGAAAGCAAAAAGACGUUUAGAAUUACGUAAUCUAUAUUUGCGAGAGAAACAUAAUCCAAACUCUCCCCACGUAGGCCAUAUAUUUGAUCCAGCUGUUCAACGACAUUAUUCAACUCUUUUUUGUAAAGAGCAAUUCUUUAGACCAACAGUCAAGUCUUUCUUGUGGAAUGUUGUAGUUCUCGGUGGAAGCAUGUUUUUGUUAGGUUGGCGUGUUAAAAAGUUUAGAGAUGAAAAAGAACAUAGAUUUGCCACUGGUCAAGUGAGUUACAGGGACAGAGAGUGGAAAUUCGUAUAAAGUAAUUAUUACAUUUGAAAGCGUAGAUAUCAUUACAAUAAAAAUACUGUUGAUUACAAAAAUAUUGUUUUUAAUUUCUUGAAAAAUAACAGCCAUUGAAUUCAUCUCAAUUUGUUCAAUGUAUGUAUGAUCAUUUGUAAACUAUAAUAUAUUAUGUAUUGAAAUAUGGAGAAUUAAUAUGAAUACAACCAUUGAAUGAAA